AUGGCCAACCGUCUAUUUGGGGCGAUCUCUCAUAUUCCUUACCUGCCCAAAAUCAUUACCGCUCCAAGACUGAUCUUCGCUCGCCCUAUUUCGACGAUCCAGAAAAUGCCGGAGUCUUGUGACCUGUUCGAGUAUACGUCCGGACGAUGGAUAUACAAUGAUGAUUUACGACACCGCGAGAGAAGACGUGUUUUCAAUGUUUCUGAACUUAAGCGCCUUGCUGCCUUAGCAAUUCAGCAGGAAGAAGUCGAUGUCAUCGGAUUCGAAAAACUUGCGGAGGGGGGCUUCAACCGAAGUUUUUUGAUCACUAUGCGAGAUGGCUACCGAUUCGUUGCACGGAUUCCUUAUCCGGCUACUGAGCCAAACCUCCUCGUGGUCGCGAGCGAAGUUGCAAUGCUAGAAUUUUUACGUGCUCAUGAUAUUCCAGUGCCGAAGGUUUUAGGCUACUCCGCAGUUGCAAAUAAUCGCGCUGGUACAGAAUACAUCUUCAUGGAGCCCGUGAGAGGGCAAAAUCUGGGGGGUAUUUGGUAUACCUUGUCUGAACGGGAGAGAAGAGAAUUAGUUGCACGAAUCGUGCAGCUAGAGUCUCGUUUAUUCGAGUUACAAUUCCCAGCGAGCGGAAGUCUCUAUUUCUGCAAAGAUUACCAGAUAAUUAUGCCCGAGUCCUUGUCCCAGGCCCCGAAUCGACCCACCCCCUCUGCAUUGGCCCUGAUACUUCGCUGGAAUUGUGGCACGGGAAAAGACUCAACUUAUCAGUUGAGCGCGGCCCAUACAGAGAUCCUUCGGCAGUUCUUGCUGCCGGUGCCUUGA